AUGGCCCCCGAUAUCAACUCAAUGACCCAAUAUGCCACUGAUGGCUAUGCCAGUAAUGGGGUGCCUCGAUCGGAGUAUGAAAUUCCUGACAUCGUGUUGCAUGGUCCGUACACCAGGAAGAUCCGUGUCUUGUCGAUCGGUGCCGGUGUGACUGGGAUCAUGAAUGCCUAUCACAUUCAAAAGUUUCUACAGAACGUAGAGCAUGUCAUCUACGAGAAGAAUUCCGAUAUUGGGGGCACCUGGCUGGAAAACAGAUAUCCAGGUUGCGCAUGUGAUAUUCCGAGUCAUGCUUACACCUAUCCUUUUGCUCUCAAUCCGGAUUGGCCUCGUUUCUUCUCCUACUCGCCAGAUAUCUGGAAAUACCUUGACAAGGUUUGCGAAGUAUGGGGCUUGAGGAAGUACAUGACUUUCAACACUGAAGUCGUUGGAUGUUACUGGCAGCAGCAGACAGGCGAAUGGCUCGUCAAACUCAAGCAGACGAAUGCGGAUGGAAGCACACGUCUCUUUGAAGACCGAUGCCACAUGCUUCUUCAUGGGACAGGGAUAUUGAAUAACUUCAAAUGGCCCGAUAUCGAAGGCAUGGAUAAGUUCAAAGGCAAGAUUAUGCAUACCGCCCGGUGGCCCAAGGAUUACCAGGCCGAGCAGUGGAAGAAAGAUCGUGUUGCUGUCAUUGGGUCUGGAGCCUCGAGCAUCCAGACAGUACCGACGAUGCAGCCCCACGUUAAACAUCUCGACGUGUUCGUCCGAACUGGUGUUUGGUUCGUGCAAAUUGCGAACAACUUUGGUGCAAACCACGAAUAUACGGACGAGCAGAAACAAGACUUCCGCGAUCCAUACAAGGUCACCGAGCAUGCCAAAUCCAUCGAGGACCAGGUCAAUGGACUCUGGGGCUCCUUUUAUAAGAACUCGAAAGCGCAGGCAGAAGGCCAGGCUGCUUUGAAGGCCCGUAUGGCCGAGAUGAUCAAGGAUGAGAGACUCCUGAAAGGGUUUACCCCGACCUUUGGCAUUGGUUGUCGCAGGAUCACUCCUGGUGAUCCAUAUAUGGAAGCUAUUCAGAAACCCAAUGUUGACGUACACUUUACGCCCGUUGUGAAGAUUGACGAAACAGGGCUUAUUGGUGGCGAUGGCAUCCACCGCGAAGUCGACACAAUUGUUUGUGCCACUGGCUUUGACGUCUCAUACCGUCCUCGCUUCCCCAUUGUCGGCCAAAACGGAGUCGACCUGGCCGAUAAGUGGAAGGUUUGCCCCGAGGGCUACCUUGGCCUUGCGAUUCCCGAGUUCCCCAACUUCUUGACGUUCAUCGGUCCCAACUGGCCUGUGGAGAAUGGGAGCGUUAUGGGCCCGUUGAUGUACGUCUCAUACUACGCUCUGCAGAUGAUCAAGAAGCUCCAGUCCGAGUACAUUUGCAGCAUCGCCCCGAAACAAGAUGUGACGGAUGCGUUCAAUGAACAUUGCCAGGAAUGGGUCCGGCAUACCGUGUGGGUCGAAGAAUGCCGGUCAUGGUACAAGAACAACGAGACGGGUCGUGUCAAUGCCGUCUGGCCAGGCUCAUCCUUGCAUUACAUCGAAGCCAUCAAGACCCCUCGCUAUGAAGACUUUGAGAUCGAAUACCUUGGACCUGCCAAGAAGAAUAUGUGGGCGUUCUUGGGCAUGGGUACAGUGCAAGCCUUGGUCAACAAAGAGGAUGUAUCGCCAUAUCUGAACCCUGAGGCCAUUGAUCCAGACUGGAUGAAGGCUGUAGGCAUGGAUGCGAGCAAGCUGUACGAGACCAAGAUCAAGGAUUUGCAAGCCAAGUAUGAGGAACUGAAGGAGAAGAGCAAACAGAACGUGGAGAAGGUGGCUGUUUCAUGA